UUUGACUACUUAUUUUUUCAGUAAAAAAUCGAAAACUGGAAAAAUGAGUUUUUUUUGUGCCUCGAUUACAUACCGGCGAAAUCACCCGGGACGCUAAGAAGACGGAACAUGCAAGAAAACAAGAUUGUGUAGUUGAUCCAAGAGGUGCAAUCCCGGCCAUUCCUUUGGGAUAAGACUCUCACGGAGUAUAAAAACAAAACAAAGAAAGGUAAAGAGUGGAACAAAAUCGCCGCUGAAUUGAAAAGAAUCAAAGAAUACGGUUCAGAAUAAGUGGCAAUCGCUGCUUAAGACCUUCAGGGCUGAACACAAUCUCGUAAAUUCUGUUAGGUCGGGCGAUGUUCUAGAAGACGUAUACAUUAGGGUGGACCUUAAUUAUUUUUUUUUUUUCACUUGGGCCGGGCAAAUAUAGCUUCUUUAUACCUCAAAAACCAUGCGCAUAUAGGUUUUGAACCCAUAGCAUCAAUUUUUCAAGUGCCUCAAAGCACCCGAAGUUUCUUAUGGGAUUUCAUGUUAAAAAAGGGUCAAAACGUUUAUCGUUCUGAAAACCUGUGAAAAUUUUGGAAUUUUAACUUUGGAAGUAUAUUUUCCCAUGUAUUUUGAGCCGCUGAAUCGAAUGGUGCUAUUAGUUUUCGCCGUAAUAGUGAAAUAAAAAAGUUAUAAGCUAAAAUCGUUGAAAAACUCGAAAAAUCGCAAAAAAACGUGUAAAAAUGGACUUUUAAAGUUUGUAAUCAGUGAUAAGUUGGAAAGUUUUUUUCAAAAACAUACAUUUUUAUGUAUUUUGAACUCAUUAAACGAAUGGUGCAAUUGGCUUUUGCCGAUUCAAUUGAGAAAACAAGAUAUAAGCCAAAAUCGUCAAAAAGGUCGAAAAUCACGGUAGUGACCAAAAAAUGGGUUUGUUACAAUGUUACUAAUACGAGAUCAAUUUUUUUAUACAUAAAAAGUAUAGUUAUACAUAUCUGAAAAAUUCUUUUGUAUAGGAUACGGGCUAUAUUCAAAAACCGGAAGGGAAACCGGAAUGGCUGUUGUCGUUCCAGAAUUCUUAUUCCGGAUUUUCGUUCCAUCGAUGGGACCGCGAUCUAAAGCAUUUUCGGAUCAGCGUAGGGAUCAGCUGACACGAAGUAACGUGAAUACAAAAUGGUAGAGUUGAAUGUAUACAUAUUAUAUUAUACAACGAUAAACAAUAAACACUGUACGUUCUCUCUAUCAUCGGACUCAGAGCAAUAAGCACUGCACGGCGAGCAUAUAGCACAUGUAAACAUAAGAAUAUUUAUAUUAAACUUAUUUUCCUAUUUAACCACGGCUCAAUUUAUUUCAACAGGUACUUUUUAAUUUCGAGAUAUAUUGCUCCGCAUGAACAAUUUUAUUUAGUUUUUCAACAAUGGCUUAUAAUUUACGCGAAAGAGUCAAUCACAUUGGAUAUUGUACUAAUCAAAUAGUUGCAACUAAUAAUCUACCAACGAUAAAACAAGUAUUAGCUGCUUUAUUCUAUAACCUACGAAGAGUUUCAAAGUCUGUACGUGAAAGUGCGAAGUUAACCAUUGAAGAGUGUAUCAUUAUUUGGAAGAAAGCUCGAAUUCCUACGCAAGAAGAUAAAAAAUGUGUCAUUAAACUGGAGGCUGAAUAUGAAAGAUGGAGAAAAAUACAAAGAAAUGCUUCACGUAGAUCAGACACUCAAAUAAAAAAUGAACAAACAUAUAAAGAAAGCAUAAACAAAUUAUUUGACAUUGCUUGCGCAGAUGCUUUGAAGAAGAUGGAAGACGAAUCUGAUAAACAGUUUUUACUUGAUCAGAGAGCUCUGCAAAGAAAUGAAACUCUUAGUUCCAUUACCUCAACAACUUAUACAGACACAAGUAAGCCAUCACCAAUGGAAGUGGACUAUGAAAGCCUCAAUAUUGUAAAGAAUGAAAUUUCGGUUACCUUCGACCAGGACAAGGUAGUCGAUGCUUCAUUAAAAAUGCAAAAGGAUGAUUCUCGUAGUACGGCGACAAAAGAAGAUUUACAUGAAUUGCUUGAAACAGAGUCCGAAUCUCCAUUAUUUGAAAGUACACCUCCUCUGAAAAGGCGAGCUACUGAACCAAUUAUGAGUGCGAAAUUGGCUACAGUAUUAGAUAAAUGUAAAAUUAGUAAAAGAGACGUAAUGAAUUUGUUGAUGGCCGCUACGGAAGCAUUCAGGAUUGAUACGCGCAAUUUAGUAUUAAACACAUCAUCUAUUCACAGGGCUCGUCAAAAUUUUCGCAAAGAACGAUAUGAGGCAAUGAAAAAACUUGCUCCACCACUUUUUUCUGGUUUACCGAGCACCAUCCACUGGGAUGGAAAGUUACUUCCAGGAUAUUUACGAAGAGAAACUACUGAUAAACUAGCGAUUAUUAUUACAAGUAAUGGAAUGGAGCAACUCUUGGGUGUUCCAAAUAUCUCUUCUAGUAGUGGAAUAAAUCAAGCUCAAGCAAUAUUCGAUACUUUAAAUGACUGGUCUUUAUUAGAAAAUAUUGAAGCUCUUUGUUGUGAUUCAACAGCUAGCAAUACUGGUCGAAUAAAUGGAGCUUGUGUGUUAUUAGAAAGAUUAAUCGAUAAAGAUCUUCUCUAUUUUAUCUGCCGGCAUCAUAUUUACGAGAUUGUUCUAAGAAGUACUUUUGAAAUAAAAUUUGGUAAGACAAUUGGUCCUGAGGUACAAUUGUUUAAAAAUUUUGGAGAUUUUUGGAAAUCUGUAGAUCAAACAAAAUUUGAACCGGGUAUUAGUGAUACUUUUGUAAUUGAAUCUCUGCAAGAUGUAAAAGAAGAAAUUUUAGACUUUUGUUCGAAGUAUUUAAAAAAGGAUUUAAACAGAAGUGAUUUCAAAGAAUUUUUGGAACUAGUCAUCAUUUUUCUAGGCAGAAAAUUACCUAGUGGUAUAACUUUUUAUCCACCUAUUCACCAUCCACCUAUUCACCAUGCUAGGUGGAUGGCAAAAGCUAUAUAUUGUUUGAAAAUAUUCAUCUUUCGGAAACAAUAUUUGCUAGAUAAAAAAGAUGUUGAAGUAAAAUGUAGAGACGUUUGCAUUUUUAUAGUAAGAGUCUACGUUCAUGCCUGGUUUUGUACUCCAUUUGCUGCUCAAGCACCAAAUCAAGAUUUAAAGUUUUUAAAAUAUUUGUACGAAUAUAGAAGAAUUGAUGAAAGUAUAUCUGACUGUCCUGUUAGAAAAUUUAUGAAUCACUUGUGGUAUUUGACUCCGCAACUAACAGCACUAGCAUUUUUUGACUUUACUAUUUCAAAUGAAGAAAAGUUAAAAAUGUGCGAAGCUCUACAGUCAAAUUCUAGUGCGUUUGAUUAUGGAAAACGAAUUUUAGUCAAUGAAAAAAAUUUGGAUAAAAUAGUGAAUUCAAGUAUUAGUGAUUUUAUUUGCAAAGACACUUAUGAAACUUUUAGACGUUUAAAAAUUGACACAACUUUUUUAGAAAAACAUCCAUCAAAAUGGGCCAAAGGUAGAAACUACACUCAUGGUUUGGAAGUUGUUAAAAACCUCAGAGUCGUGAAUGAUACAGCCGAACGAGAAGUAAAAUUGAUAACUGAAUUCAACAAUCUUUUGACUAAAGAUGAAAAGCAAUUGCAAUACCUCUUACCUGCAAUAAAAGAUUAUCGAAGCUUGCUUUCAGAUAGUAAGAAGGAAACGUUGAUGCGGCCAUAUGAAUGAAUAUUUUGUUUGAAUAUACAAUUAGAACAUUUUUGUACUGUUUUUUAAUUUUUCCUUCAGAAUCUCGCUUCGACAGAUCGUUUUUCUUUAUCUCAGCUUAUAAAUUUUCCUUUAUUUUUUUAAACUAAUAAGUUUAUGUGAUUCAGUAGUUCAAAGUAUAAAUUAGUAGAAAAUAUUACAAAUCAGCUUUUUGGCCUUUUUACCGUGAUUUUUGAGUUUUUUGAUGAUUUUAACUCCUUUUCUCGAUUGAAUCGGCAAAAGCCAAUUG